AUGACUCGACGAAUCGUUCGAACAGCCGCUCAGCUCGCUGGCGCUGCUAUCUUUACCUUUCUCGUUAUCGCUUUCCUCGACCGCAAUUAUCGUGUCCUCCCGAAUUCGAUACAUGGCUACAUGCCAUCACACCACCCCGGACUCCUCGUCACUGAUGUCUCAAUAGUCACAUGCUCGAGUGUCAAUCCCUUCUCUUCAUGCGAUCUCGACAAAGAAUGGCACCGAGUCGAUAAGGAUCUCUACCUCGGAAGAACAUGGACCACGAGCGCCUACUUGUAUGUCAUGCGCAAACACGAGGAAGACCUUACUGAGGAGGACCGUGUCGUGGUGGAUGUCGCAGUUGGCAGAUUACAACCACAGCCUAAGGGAGAAAAAGACGAUCCGUGGGAAGCCCGAUCUGCGGGCAUUUGGAUCAAGCGUUCGGCCAAGAGGAAGGCCAGCGAUUCGAAACAGGCCGUGACUGAUCUUGAUGUCCUCUUCGGAGACGAUGCUGUCGAAGCAAGGGAUGGCUACACUAUUACAGGAACACCGUUGCUUUUGAACACGGGCGGCAACCUGCUCAGCGUUCAACUGACGGUGCGCAGGGGUGCUCCCCGAGAACCGAAGAAACCCACGCCAAGGAUCCGCGACGAUGGCCGAUACAAGAUCAUGCAGAUUGGUGAUCUACAUCUCAGUACUGGUGUUGGUACAUGUCGUGAGGCCGUUCCCGAUUCUUACAACGGCGGAAAAUGCGAAGCAGAUCCCAGGACACUUGACUUUGUCACUCGGAUCCUGGAUGACGAGAAGCCCGAUUUGGUUAUUUUGAGUGGUGACCAAGUUAAUGGUGAUACAGCACCAGACGCACCCACUGCCAUGUUUAAAAUAAUUUCGCUCUUAAUCGAACGAAAGAUCCCCUAUGCUGCCAUCUUCGGCAAUCAUGAUGAUGAAAAGACCAUGUCUCGUGAGGGACAGAUGGCUAUUAUGGAGACCCUUCCCUACUCUCUUUCUACGGCUGGACCAGCUGAUAUUGAUGGUGUUGGCAAUUACUACGUGGAAGUAUUGGCUCGCGGGAAGACAGAUCAUUCUGCCCUGACAAUAUAUCUUCUCGAUACACAUGCCUACUCGCCCGACGAGCGCAAGUUUCCCGGCUACGAUUGGGUCAAACCUAACCAAAUUGAGUGGUUCAAGAAGACGGCCGCUGGUCUCAAGAAGAACCACAACGAAUACACUGGUCGGCACAUGGAUCUUGCAUUUAUUCACAUUCCCCUUACAGAAUAUGCCGACCCGGAACUACCUCGCGUUGGUGAUUGGAAAGAGGGAGUCACUGCUCCCAUAUAUAACUCUGGCUUCCGCGAUGCCCUUGUUGAGCAGGGCGUCGUCAUGGUCAGCGCAGGACAUGACCACUGCAAUGACUACUGCUCUCUGUCUUUGGCUGGAGAGGGAGAGACCAAGGUCCCUGCGUUGUGGAUGUGCUACGCUGGUGGCUCUGGUUUCGGCGGCUACGCUGGUUAUGGUGGAUAUCAUCGCCGCGUGCGCUUGUUCGAAAUUGAUACUAACGAGGCCCGGAUCAAGACUUGGAAACGUCUCGAAUCCGGAGACACAGCUUCUCGCAUACAUCCCCAGAUUAUCGUCGAUGGCGGUAAACCACUGCCCAUCACCCCAGUUUCAUGA